UCAAGAUGGCGGCUUGGGCACAAUACUUCCUUGUCGCUGUUGUACUUUACGUGAUCAUAUCAACAGUGCGCGCCCAGCAAGGUACCCCAUUGGCUGACCGAUCGCCGGGCGUAUACCAACCCAUUGGGAUACAGGAUGAUACAGUCAUCCCAGAUGAUCUGAUGACAGCUUCAUCCCAAGUAAGCGGAUCCGAGGCGUACAGGGGCCGCUUGAACGGUGAUGGUGCAUGGGAGCCGUCAGGACAAGGUACAAAUGAGUUCCUGGCGGUGGAUCUACAGUACAAUCGUUACAUCUUUGGUAUCCAGACCCAGGGACAGGGAAAUGGUUACGUGGAGACCUACAGUAUCAUAUACCAGAUGGACAACACAACAGAUCUACGUGGAAGUACCAAGGUUUUCACCGGAAACAGCGACAGCGAGACUAUUGCUCAACAAAACUUCACUUCUUACAUCUACGCCCGGUAUAUUCUGGUGAACCCACAGACCUUUUCCGGAGCCCCAAGGUUACGGAUAGAACUACUCGGAGUCGAUGAGUUACCAACAACAAACUCCCCUACAAGCCAUGGCGCGUAUCAACCAAUAGGUGUAGAAGACAACAGCAUCAUCCCUGAUGAUCUGAUGACAGCUACAUCCCAAGUAACCGGAUCCGAGGCGUACAGGGGCCGCUUGAACGGUGAUGGUGCAUGGCAGCCGUCAGGGCAAGGUACAAAUGAGUUCCUGGCGGUGGAUCUACAGUACAAUCGUUACAUCUUUGGCAUCCAGACCCAGGGACAGGGAAAUGGUUACGUGGAGACUUACAGGAUCAUAUACCAGAUGGACAACACAACAGAUCUACGUCCUUACUCAGAGGAUGGUGGAAGUGCUAACUUAAAGCUUGUCUGCUAG